CUGCAGUACCGCCAGUGUCCUCUGUUUACAUGAGAUGGCUUGCUUCCCAACUGGAACCCUGGGGAUUUAGGGGGGCCGCUGUCCUGGCUGCAAAUGCAGGAAUGCCCACAUGCAGGAUCGCCGCCAAUUGCGGGUUGCAAUUGCACACUAUUGAAAUUGUUUGUGACAAUUCCAGUCUUUCGACCGACAAUUCAUAGGGCAAUUUCACAAGGAAAUCAGGAACAAGUAACCGUUGCUAUGGAGGUGGUGACGCAUCUGGUGUCGUCGGGUGACUGUGUUAAGAUCUGGGACUCAGCCUCCAUGACAGUUUUGGAACAGUUUAACCCGCACAGCGCUACACACCCUGUGGCCCAAGUGUGCUGGAGCAGCAACAAUCAGUAUCUUGUAAGUGCCAGCAGUAUAGGAGACAAGCUGGUGGUAUCCAGUCUCAGGUCCACUCCUAUCCCAGUGGUGGAGCUUGCAGAGGGGAAAAAGCAGACACGUGUGAGUCUGAACUCAACGUCCCAGUACCUAGUGAGUGGGGGGCUUGAUAACUCUGUUAACAUCUGGGACCUGAAGGCCAAGAGGCUUCAUCGCACCCUCCAGGACCACAAAGAGGAGGUGACGUGCGUGUCCUUCAACGGCAGUGACAGCUACAUCGCCUCGGGCUCCACCAGUGGUGACAUCAUCCUGCACAGCAUCACCACCAACCUGUCCAGUAAUGCAUUUGGACACGGCAUCAACCAACCCAUCCACGACCUCAAGUACUCUGUGGUUAAGCGCUCCCUGCUGGGCAGUGUAUCAGAUAGCGGCUCGGUGGUCCUGUGGGACGCCAACACUCAGAAGGAGCUGCACGUGUUCAAUGGAGCCCACAAGGCCCCCGCCUCAGGCCUGGCCUUCUCUCCUGCCAACGACCUGCUCUUUGUCACUGUUGGCUUGGACAAGAAGAUUAUCUUCUAUGACACCUCCAGCAAGAUUAUUCUCCGCAGCAUGUGUGUGGAGUCCCCGUUGACGGCCAUUGACUUCACUCCAGAUGGGGCAGGGCUGGUAGUGGGCUCCACCCAGGGCAGACUAUACCUGUACGACCUGCGCAACCUCAGCUCCCCUACUAAGACUGCCGCGGCACACAAGACCUCCAUCACCAGCUUGCGCUUCCAGAGUUCCCAGAGCAGACACCUCAAGUCCAGUAAAAUAGCUUCCAGCAAGUCUUCCAGGGCCCAGACAAGCAAGAGGAUCUCAGCCAGGCUGGGUAGUACCUACCUACCAGUAACUACCCCCAGCUCCACCUCCAAUCCCCCCUCUAGCCUGCCUGCACACCAUGCAGUAGAAAGAGGGGAUGGACAAGCCCAGGGCACAGGCACACACAGAGAGGCAGAGGGCCAGCUGGGUGUUGACUGCCUGCCUAGUCUGGACAAGUUCAGCAGCAUGGGUAGAAACAGCCUGGACAUCUUCUCCCCCGUAAAAGACGAUUACAAAGCCCACGGGAUAAGUGGUGAUGCUUCUGGUGGAAUCAAAGGGAAAGCGAUCAGUUUGGAUAUGUUCUACAGAGAAGGGCAGCAAAGCAUGGAGAAGUUCAGCAAAGUGGGACGCAACAGUCUGGACAUUUUCUCUCCUGUUAGAGAGGAUUACAAAACCCAUGGAAUGACUGCAGAUGAAUCAAGUGGGAAGAAAGGAAACAAUCUGGACUUCCUCCCUACCUACUCUGGUGGUCCCCCACACCACAAGACUCCCCUGGGCACCCUUGGAGGAGGGUGCUGUUACAGCCCCCUGCCUGUCUUCCAGACCCCUUCACCAAUCAAAGAGGAGCUAGCCAUGCCUCCUGUACCAGCGCAGACAGACACACAGGACUCAAAAGGGUAUGAGAAGGGCAGUGGUUCCAGUCUGGAGGGUGAAGGCCCAACCACGCUCACGUCAUCAGCCCAGACCUCACACAGCCAACCAGCACCGCCAUUCUUCACCACUGAACCCGGCCUGAGGACCAAUGAAUUGCAGGCCCAGCUGAGCUACAACACGCCCCUAAAUGGUGUGCUGCCCAUUAUUGUACCAGUGUCUUUGGCAGUGGCAUCCUCGUUAUCCGAGAGAAUAGUGGAGGCUGUUGGAACAGAGGGUGGAGGGGCUCCCCUCACAUCUCUGCAGAUCCAUGAGACCCUGGAAGACUUCCGGGACGCCUGCCACCGAGACAUAGUGAACCUCCAGGUGGAGAUGGUCAAACAGUUCUACAUUCAGCUGAACGAGAUCCAUGGUCAGAUCGAGAGGUACUCUGUCAAUGACUCGCUGGUGGAGGAGAUCGAGAAGCUGAGGGAGGAGAACAAGCGACUCCGAGACAGUUACUGAGAGGUUGACUUGAUGGAGUUAAUCACCCCUGGAUACAGUUGUUGUCCCUUCUCAACUCGGACAAAAGUCUUCCGCAGAGCUCAAGGUCUAUGUGGAAUAAUCGUGCCAGGGACAGAACUCUGAAGGCCCAAUGUGCCUUUUUUUUGUAUCCUGGUUUAAUUCCCUCCGUCUCUUUACAUGGCAUGCAGGGACCCUUUUUGUAUUCUCACCAGUUUAUUUUGUACAUGUCAAACAUGCCAAGGGCCUUGGAAUGGAUUAAUUAAGAAGUGCCUUACUAGUUGUAACCCAAGGGCUGGACCAGUAUGUUAUCAGUCACAAGGUAUGACACAGUGGUUAUCAUGCUGGACUGGCCCGUGAUGGCAUGGCACUAUUUUACCCCAAUUCAAAACCGGUCUCUCCUCUCGCAGGUCCUUGUUGACUCCACCAGUGGAUCUAAUAUAAUGGACAAGUGUAAGGAAUGAUGCAAACUCUGUUACAAUAUUGCUGAUACCUAUUCAUUCCUUUUUAGAUCUGUGAAGGAGAGAUCAGCAAGGACCCAGGGAUUGGAAGAUGCAUUAGCUUGGGAUUGCCCUUAAAUACUUAUCUUCAGUAUGGUUGAAGUUGAUAGUGUCUUUUGGCUUUUACUGGAAUACUGAAGAUAAAUUAGGGCAUGCCUUUGUUGGAAGACAUAAUCAUGAUAGUGUUUGUUGUGGACUAAGUAAGAGAAGGCCAUAAUCGGUCAUCGAUUUCUCUUAUUGUAAGCAAAGUGGUGCCAAGCUCCCCUCUAUGAAGGGUGCUUGCAUCGCCAAGUUUCUGUUUCUCAUAGUUUAGUUUAUUUUGUUAUAGAUUUUUUUUAUAAGAGGAAAAUAAAUACUCAAUAUGCAUACAAUCUCAAUGUAAUUCAUUCUGAUUUUAGAGUGACGCAGGAGACCGUUGAACGUUUUCAGUUACAAUGCACCGUGAAUGGUUCCAUAAAGAGACAGCAUGUUAAUUCUUUAACAAUGAAAUACAGGUGCAACAACACUUAAACAUCUGUAAUAGUAUUGAUUAAAACAAAUCUGAUGCUUAGAGCCCAAAUACUUCCUAAUGGAGGAAUUGAAAAACUAGAUCAGACUGCAUGGCCACAUCAUCAAAAUGGAAUAAAAGCAAUCUUAGGAUCAGUGCUAUCUGGGAUCCUUGGGACGUCCUUAACCAUUACCCAUUUAAAAUGUCAACUUCCAUAGGGUAGGGACGUCCCAGCAUGGACCAUAGGGCGAACACUGAUAGAAGAGCUCUAUGCCAGCAGCUCAGAGGAUGGAACACUCCGCCUGUGGCAGACCGCAGUGGAAGGGCAUGCUGCCAGGUGAGCACUGGCAGACUACUAACCUGUCCCUGUGGUCCAUUUCAAAUGGAUGUUAUUUUAGAAAUUUGAAGUAGUUAAGUUGAGACUUUUUUUUUUUCUCUAAAAAAAUGAACAGUUCAAAAAUACUGAUUUGAACGAUGGACUGGCCCAAAGUGGCACUUGUAUGACUACACAAAAGAAAGAUGGAAGAUUCCAUUGAGGUUUUACGCAUCAUUGAUUAAUAUGAUAAUUUCAGAUAGACACCAAUAUGGGCAUAUAUAUAAAUAUGUAUACACUAAAAAAACAUGGGAAAAUAGAAUGAGGCAAUCUUAGAAAACCUUGUAGGUCUUUGGGGUUGGUUUUACAGAGUUCCCCAGUGCUGUAGUCAUAUUUGUAGAUCUUAUAAUCAUCUCCACCUGCAACAAAGUCCUUGUCAAAUCAAAGUUUAUUUGUCACGUGCGCCGAAUACAACAGGUGUAGACCUUAGUGAACUGCUUACUUACAGGCAGGCUCUAACCAAUAGUGCAAGAAAGAUAUUGGGGGAACAAUAGGCAGGUAAAAAAAAAAACAGUAGCGAGGCUAUUAAAGUAGAUGGGCUACAUAGACAUCGGUUAGUCGGGCUGAUUGAGGUAGCAUGUACAUGUAGAUAUGGUUAAAGUGACUGUGCAUAUCUAAUGAACAGAGAGUAACAGUAGCAUGAAAGAGGGGUUAGCCAAUGUGCGGGAACACUGGUUGGUUGGGCCAAUUGAGGUAGUAUUUA